AUGGGAUCUAACAAUGUUCAUGCCGCCCGAGUUGAAGCUCAUGACAAUGCUCAUCCAGUCACCUCUGCAGCUGAUGUUGGUAAUCUGGAUGAAGACAGUGAUGAUGAUGAAGACGAUGAGACCCCCGACCUUCCUGACACUAGCAAAGAUCUGGACGAUGAUGAUGAUGAAGAUGACGAUGACGACGACUUCACAAUUCAGUACCAGAGACUUGUCGAUGCCACGACAGGUGUCGCCCUCAGGGAAUCCGUAUCCCAGGGGGAGCAAGGGGUGAAAGAGGCUUCUCAAGAAAAGCACCAAGACCCUAAGUCUAAAGGUAAAGGCGUCGUUGAAGAAUGGAACCUAAAGGCCGAGGAAGGACUGGAACUUCAAAGGAAGCAGACUGAGGACAGCUUAAAGUUGGCCAAGUCCCUUGCCGCCAAAGUUCUUCCCAAGAGAAAGUCCAAAAAGAAGGUGACUGUUGUCCAGGCCCAGGCUAAGCUCCUAUCUCUUGCAGAAGUUGAGCAUGAGAAAAACCUGAAGCUGGCUGAGCGGGACAAGCACUGGAGCGAAGCAAGCAUUAAUAAGAGGAUCAGUCCUCACCUAAUCAAGAGCGUCAGCAUCAGUGAAUGA